AUGACGACGUAUCCAGUGAUAUUUCGUUGUUCUGAAUGUACAAUAGAAUUGCCAAGCCUUGAACUCUUGGAAAGCCAUAUCUGGAGCAGACACCUGCACAAUUUCCCUUUCAGCUGUGCAGUAUGCAGAUUUCCUGCCAUAGCUCACAGCUCUUUAGUAGCGCAUUUCAAGCAAGCUCAUUCUCCUGGACAGCCUGUGGAGUUCCAACGAAAGAUGAUGGAUGAGGUGCGUUUACGUGAUAUCAUCGCCAACUCGAUCGUGGUUCCAGUAUACGAAGAGGAUGUGAUUUAUGAAUCUGCGCCACCUCAGGAGACACGAGAAGAAAAUCAGCAACGUGAAAUGGAUAUUCAAUCUCUUGACACGCAUUCACGGGAGCCCAAGACUGCGCACGCAGUAGUUCCACAAAGUGAGGAGCAGCCUAUAGAGGUCAUCGAUGUCGGCGAAAACGAGGAGAAUAUGCAGAUGACGGUAGUGAGCGAUGCAAGCCCUUCUGUGGCAAUGCCUCUUCUUGAGCAGGACAUUUCUAUAGAGAACGAGAUGAUCAAUGAUCUCGAUAUGUUUGUUCCAGAGGAGGAGCGCUAUCAAAAGGUAGGGAUGUUCCAAAAUGUCGCUAAUGGCUCAGAUAUCGCUGUUGUUGAAGAUUCGGGAAUGCUUGAUGGACAACAUAUCGCCCGCGGUGCCCAAAUGGUUCACAUUGAUGAAGAUGGUGCGACGUACUUUUAUGAAGGAGAAGAAACUGGAGAAAUUCUUGUAGAUGGAGCUACUUACAACUACCAGAAUAUGAAUAUUGAAGGGAACAGUAUUUUUAUCGAAGAAGCGAUGCCUUCUACGUCAAAAUCCAGCAACGAUUUGCGUAUGCGACUUGCAAAACAGCGCCAUAUUGACUUUGUCGUCAACAAAGUUGCUCGUCGGACAAAUAAUGGACGUACAAGGAGGCCGUUGACCGUCUACGAAUGUGAAGACUGUGGCAAGAUUAUUCGGUAUCCAUCCAAAAUAGAAGAACAUCGCAGAUCUCAUAAUGGCGAGAAACCUCAUCAAUGUCACCAUUGCGGGCAGCGAUUUUCACAGAAAGGAGGACUGACGUGCCAUUUACGAUUGCAUACUGGUGAGCGUCCUUACCAUUGCACAUGGGAUUGUGGAAAAUCAUUUCACUCUAAUUCAGCGCUGAAAAUGCACGAAAGAAGUCAUAAUGGCGAUCGGCCUUAUUCUUGUGAAAUUUGUGGAAAAUUGUUCUCUAAACGGUCCCACUGUCAACGGCACGAGCGAUCUGUCCAUCCUCGAGAAACGGCUCUUCGCGCAGCACAUCAGUUUGGGCUAGCUGCUGCAGGAAAUGACGAAGAUCGACUCCGUGAUGUCGUGAACGGCGUAAUCGAGGAGGUGCGGAUAGAGCGCUCACUUCGAACUGAGCUAAAGGUUGACCUGGAUUAG